AUGACCACCGCCGCGCGACCCACCUUUGAUCCGGCGAAGGGCGGCACGUCCCGCGGCGAGAAGAGCCUCAGUUCGCUCUCCAAGCAGUACUCAUCCCGUGAUUUGCCCUCCCACCUGAAGCUUAAAUACAGACAAACCGGCCAGGGCACCACUGAUGACCUGAAGAGCAAAGACUUUCGACGGGAGCUCGAGGAGCGCGAGCGUCUGGUCGCACUAGAGAAGGACGGAAAACGACCAGCGGCAGCAAACUUAGCAGCAACAGCACAGAUAGACAACAUUGCAGCCUCUUCUUUAAAUAGAGCAGAAGCAUCCACUUCAUCUUCAGGUGGCGCUGCAAAGAAGCCUCGAAUCGAGUACCAGAACCUCUCGCAGCUGGACGCCGAUGAGAAGCUGGGCGACGACGAUGACGACGACGAGGGCAACGACUACGAGGACUCCGACUCGGACGAUGACUCGGAGGACGACACGGCCGCCCUGCUGGCCGAGCUGAAUCGAAUCAAGCAGGAGCGGGCGGCGGAGGAGGCGAAACGAGAUGAGGAGCGGAAGCUGCAGGAGAACCAGAUUCGCAUGGAGAACAUUCUGUCGGGGAAUCCGCUGCUGAACGCGGGCAGCAGCAAGGGCGGCCCGUCGAGCUUCAAGGUGAAGCGACGCUGGGACGACGAUGUGGUCUUCAAGAACUGCGCCAAGGGCGAGGGCCAGAACAAGCGGGGCUUCAUCAAUGACACGCUGCGCUCGGACUUUCACCGCAAGUUUAUGGAGAAGUACAUCAAGUGA